GACCGCAGGCUGCUCGCGCGCGCCGCCGAGGCUCCGCGCGCCGUCGCGCCGGCCGGGCGUCUCAGUGCAGCCUCUGCCGCCGAUGGGGGAGGUGGAGCCCGGGCCCGCGGGCCCUCUGGAACCCCCGGAGCCGCCCGAGGCACCCACGAGUCGCCGGCCCGGCGGGAUUCGGGUCCUGAAGAGAAAUAUGAAACGCAAUGGGAGCAGAAAUUGUUUGAAUAGGAGAAGUAGGUUUGGUUCUCGAGAAAGAGACUGGCUGAGAGAAGAUGUGAAGAGAGGCUGUGUUUACCUUUAUGGAGCAGACACGACCACUGCCACUACAACCACCACCUCCUCCACCUCCUCUGACUUACACCUUGUCCUUUGCACAGUGGAGACACCAGCAUCAGAAAUAUGUGCUGGAGAGGGAAAGGAAAGUCUUUACUUACAGCUUCAUGGAGACCUGGUCAGGAGAUUGGAACCUACUGAACGACCUCUUCAGAUUGUGUAUGAUUACUUAUCCAGGCUGGGAUAUGACGAUCCUGUGCGCAUACAGCAGGAAGCAACAAAUCCCGACCUCGGCUGUAUGCUCCGAUUUUAUGGUGAAAAACCAUGCCAGAUGGAUCAUCUGGAUCGAAUCCUCCUCUCUGGCAUCUAUAAUGUACGCAAAGGGAAGACCCAACUGCAUAAGUGGGCUGAACGCCUAGUUGUUCUCUGUGGCACCUGCCUCAUCGUUUCCUCAGUGAAGGAUUGUCAAACUGGAAAGAUGCACAUUUUACCUCUGGUUGGGGGAAAGGUAGAAGAAGUGAAGCGACGGCAGUACUCCCUUGCGUUUAGCUCGGCUGGAGCGCAGGCUCAGACCUAUCAUGUCAGCUUUGAGACUUUGGCUGAGUACCAGAGAUGGCAGCGGCAAGCAUCCAAGGUGGUGUCCCAGCGGAUCAGUACUGUUGAUCUCUCGUGUUACAGCCUUGAGGAGGUUCCUGAGCAUCUCUUCUACAGUCAAGAUAUCAUCUACCUCAACUUGCGACACAACUUCAUGCAAUUAGAAAGACCAGGGGGCCUUGACACUCUUUACAAAUUUUCUCAGCUGAAGGGCCUGAACUUGUCCCAUAAUAAACUUGGGUUGUUUCCUGUAUUGUUAUGUGAGAUUUCCACCCUUACUGAGCUUAAUCUUUCCUGUAAUGGAUUUCAUGACCUUCCAAGUCAGAUUGGCAAUCUCCUAAAUCUUCAAACUCUCUGUCUUGAUGGCAACUUUCUGACUACUUUGCCUGAAGAAUUGGGAAAUCUGCAACAGCUUUCCUCCCUGGGAAUCUCCUUCAACAACUUUAGUGAAAUUCCCGAGGUUUAUGAGAAACUCACUAUGUUAGACAAAGUGGUUAUGGCAGGAAAUCGACUGGAAGUUUUAAACCUAGGGGUGCUGAACAGGAUGAGCCACAUCAAACAUGUAGAUUUAAGGAUGAACCAUUUGAAAACCAUGGUUAUUGAAAACUUGGAGGGAAAUAAAUGCAUCACCCACAUGGAUUUACGGGACAAUCAACUGACUGACUUAGAUCUUAGCUCCUUAUGUAGCUUGGAGCAGCUGCAUUGUGAGCGGAACCAGCUGAGGGAGCUGACACUCAGUGGCUUCUCCCUUCGCACUCUCUACGCCAAUUCCAACAGGCUGACAGCAGUGAAUGUCUAUCCAGUACCCAGUCUUCUCACUUCUCUAGAACUUUCCAGAAACCUGCUGGAGUGUGUCCCUGACUGGGCCUGUGAAGCAAAGAAGAUAGAAAUAUUAGAUGUGAGCUAUAAUCUUCUGACUGAGGUUCCUAUGAGAAUUCUUAGUAGCUUGAGUCUUAGAAAACUGAUGGUGGGACACAACCAUGUGCAGAACCUCCCAGUGCUGGUGGAGCACAUCCCUCUUGAGGUGUUGGAUAUUCAGCAUAACCUACUCACCAGGCUGCCAGAUACCCUCUUCUCCAAGGCCUUAAACCUCAGAUACUUGAAUGCAUCCGCAAAUAGUCUGGAGUCUUUGCCAUCGGCUUGUGCUGGGGAGGAGAGCCUGAGUGCCCUGCAGCUGCUCUAUCUGACCAACAACCUCCUGACGGACCAGUGCGUGCCCGUCCUGGUGGGGCACCCGCACCUGCGAAUCCUGCAUCUUGCAAACAACCAGCUACAAACUUUUCCCGCAAGCAAACUAAAUAAAUUGGAGCAAUUGGAGGAACUGAAUCUAAGUGGCAACAAGCUUAAAACCAUUCCCACGACCAUAGCGAACUGCAAAAGGUUGCACACCCUUGUCGCACACUCUAACAACAUCAGCAUUUUCCCAGAAAUACUGCAGUUGCCUCAGAUCCAGUUUGUGGACCUAAGUUGCAAUGACUUGACAGAAAUCCUAAUUCCAGAGGCUCUGCCUGCUACCUUACAAGAUCUUGACCUGACUGGAAAUACAAAUCUGGUUCUGGAACACAAGACGCUGGACACAUUUAGCCAUAUCACAACCCUGAAAAUUGAUCAGAAACCUUUGCCAACCACUGAUUCUACAGUUACAUCAACUUUCUGGAGCCAUGGACUGGCGGAGAUGGCAGGUCAGAGGAAUAAGCUGUGUGUAUCUGCGCUAGCUGUGGAUAACUUUGCAGAGGGGGUUGGAGCUGUGUAUGGCAUGUUUGAUGGGGACCGAAAUGAGGAGCUCCCUCGCCUACUCCAGUGCACCAUGGCAGAUGUGCUUUUGGAAGAGGUACAGCAUUCAACAAAUGAUACAGUGUUCAUGGCGAACACCUUCUUGGUAUCUCACAGGAAAUUAGGGAUGGCUGGUCAGAAGCUGGGCUCCUCUGCCCUUCUUUGUUAUAUCCGCCCUGAUACUGCUGAUCCAACAAGUAGCUUUAGCUUGACAGUGGCCAACGUUGGCACAUGCCAGGCAGUCCUGUGCCGAGAUGGGAAACCAGUGCCCCUCUCUAAAGUCUUCAGCCUGGAACAGGAUGCGGAGGAGGCCCAAAGGAUAAAGGACCAAAAAGCCAUCAUAACAGAGGAUAACAAAGUGAAUGGGGUAACCUGCUGUACCCGGAUGCUGGGCUGUACAUACCUCUAUCCUUGGAUCCUCCCCAAGCCCCACAUAUCUUCCACUACCCUUACCAUUCAAGAUGAGUUGCUGAUUCUGGGAAACAAAGCAUUGUGGGAACACUUGUCAUAUACAGAAGCUGUCAGUGCAGUGCGUCAUGUACAAGAUCCAUUAGCAGCUGCCAAGAAGUUGUGCACAUUAGCCCAGAGCUAUGGCUGUCAGGACAAUGUGGGGGCUAUGGUGGUUUAUUUGAACAUUGGUGAGGAAGGCUGCACUUGUGAAAUGAAUGGGCUCAGCCUCCCAGGUCCUGUGGGAUUUGCUUCAACUGCCAUCAAGGACCCUCCCAAGCCAACCACUCCUUCCUCCAGCAGUGGUAUCGCCUCUGAGUUCAGCAGCGAGAUGUCCACUUCAGAGGUGAGCAGUGAGGUGGGAUCCACUGCUUCUGAUGAACAUAACACUGUUGGCCUGGAGGCCGGCUUGCUUCCAAGGCCAGAGAGGCGCUGUAGCCUCCAUCCAACACCCACCUCUGGGGUUUUUCAGCGCCAGCCUUCUUGUGCGACUUUUUCAAGUAACCAGUCUGACAAUGGCCUGGACAGUGAUGAUGACCAACCUGUUGAAGGGGUCAUAACAAAUGGCAGCAAGGUAGAAGUGGAAGUAGAUAUCCACUGUUGUAGGGGAAGAGAUCUUGAGAACUCGCCCACUCUCACAGAGAAGUCUCCUGCCCCAUGUCCUGAGGAACAUGGGAGAGGAUUAUUUUUUGGGAUCCGAAGGCAGAACAGUGUGAAUAGUGGCAUACUUCUGCCCAUGAGCAAGGACAAGAUGGAGUUACAGAAGUCUCCCUCCACUUCCUGUCUCUAUGGAAAGAAACUCUCCAAUGGCUCUAUUGUACCCCUAGAAGACAGCUUGAAUCUCAUUGAAGUGGCCACAGAAGCACCCAAGAAGAAAACUGGCUAUUUUGCUGCCCCCACUCAGCUAGAGCCAGAGGAUCAGUUUGUCAUACCUCGUGACCUAGAAGAAGAAGUGAAGGAGCAAAUGAAGCAACACCAGGAAAGCAGGCCCGAGCCUGAGCCCAAUGAAGAGGAUCGGACCGAGCUCCCGGAGGAGUUUGACACAGCACUGUAAUCCCUCCCCGGGAGUCCCGGUGUCAGGGAAGGCUGUGUAGCAUGGGGGUAGGAGACCCUUCCGGAGGCACUUUGCCUCUGCAUUUCUAAACCAUAGAUGAGGGGGUUAGAACUUGGAGCUAAAAAUGGUGAGAGCUAUCAGGGUCUUGCUCCGGAUAAGCUAGUAAACACCAUCAGUGUUAAGUUUUACAUUUAACCUGCAUUGGAAUUCCCAGAGUUACUGGGAAGAAAGCAGAUGUUGCUCUGUAUGUCCUACCACCUGCCAUUAACCCUUUCUCUCCUAGGAUAAUUUUGAGAAUUUGCCUGCCUGGGCAGGAAAGGGACUCUUUCUGUGGAGGAAAAUAACUGAAGAUAAUUCCCUUUACCGAUUGCUGCUGAUGGAUCUCUGUGACAGAGAAAUCACCUUAUGUCUCACCCUAACUGAUGGGAUGUGAUGUAACUAGUCACAUGGCUUUUCAUUCUUCUCUACGAGAAUACAGCCUAUCGAAAUGAUGUUUAUUGGAAAUGUAGAACCAAUCAGAUAAUUUAUGUAUGUAAUGUAAUGAGAGCACUUUUCAUUGACUGUGAACUUUUUAUUUUCGAAUCUGCACUCGAGCCAAUCUUCUUAGAGGCAGCCCAGCACCUUUGUCCACAGGUAGAAUGAUCAUCCGGUGUUGGAGCCUUCUGUGAGGGUACCAGGAAGGGCCCUGGGAAACUGAUUUAAUUUUUGGAUGUCAGACUGUGAAAGCUCCUGAGAAACUUUGGGGGAUGAAGAUGAGAAAGGAGUGAAGACUAAAACUACUUCCCCCAAAUCACAAAAAGAGAAAAAUCCCUUGACAGAUGUGACACCCACUACGAAUUUCCCAGCAGAUCACAAGCGAGGCAUUUGGAGAUUGGCCUCUUCAUAACAUGUAGUGGAGUUGGCAGCCACCCUGCUAGUAUGUAGGGCUGAGGCGAAUGCUGCUCACAGCCAGGUAACCUUGAGUUAGAACAAAUGACCCUGAACAGACUGAGGCUGAAUGAGAACAGAAUGGCUGGAGCUCGAGGGUCAGACAGAUUCCUUCUCUUACUCUAGAGCUUAGGGAUGGUUUUCUAAAAUGUGCAAGAGAGUUGAGAGUUCACCUCUUUAAUGUUUAACAGAGUACUCCCCUGAAAACUGCUUAUCCACGUCACGUGGUUUGAGAGUACUGGGUUCAAUUACUAAUAUAAGAAAGAAUUAAGAAGGUCAUAAGCUCACAGAAAACCUGGUUUACUGUAAUUUUUUUUGCACAUUCCAUGUAAUCCUAGUAAAAUGCAAUUCCAUAUUUCUGUUCUGUUUCCUUUUCCAUUAGAGUAUUUACUUAGGAAAGUGAAUUCCUAUUUAUUCCUACAAAAUUUGACACUGCUUGAUUUUACCCAAUGGAGAACAUGCUUUGAAUUUCUAGAAUACUUUCACAAUUAAAAAGAUAGUAGAGUAAAACCAUUUUUAAUUCAUUUCAUGAGAAAUAAAAUGUUAAAGAUAUGGUUGAUGUAUACAUUAAAUAUAUGGGUUUUGUUUUUGGGUUUUUUUUUUUUGGGUUUUUGUUAAAGCAGUAGUAGAAAAACAGGUGACCUGUCCACAAAUGGUGGUUCAUUACGUAUCUUCACCUUUUCAGGGGCCCCAUACCCAUGUGUGUGUUUUGGUGGGGUACACUCUUGGGGGAUUCCAUACACUUUGAUGACUGUCUAAGUUCAACCAUCAAGAAUCUGAAUUUGAGUCCCCAAAUUGUCAGGAACACUUGACUUCUCUGUGUCAAACUACUGGUCGGCUACUGCAGAAUUUUAGAACUCAGGUCAUGAUAUGAAGUGGGGAACAUAGUGGUUCAUACAAAGUUUUAGGUGCUGUUAGAAGGAUGGGAACAAGAGUGUGUUGCUGCCUUAUUUUUAUGUGGGGGGCGGGGAGUGAAGGAAAAGUAAAAAUGAAGGAAACACCCAAGAUAAUAGUGAUGGGUGAUGUAAAACAUCCUCCUACCCAGACAACAGAAACUUUCAGUUGCAAAAUAGUGAUGUCUAGAAAAGAAAGUUGUUAGGAAUAUACCAUUUUAAUAGUAUAGUCUCUCAAAGUUUUUCCUUUACCUAUGAACUCUUUUCUUGUCUUCUUGUUUCCCACCCUUCUUAUUGGAACCACCACAAAACCCAGUUCUGAAACGACUUUAUCAGAAGUAAAUGUAUUUACUUUUUAGUCAGAAGAACUCUAAAAUUCCAGAUGUUCUGUGUAGUAGAUGUAUUUUCAGGAAACAUUAAGUUGUAUUGGAAACCUUCAAUAUAGGCUAUACCAAAACUAAUUACUCUUUUUUUAUAACUUCUCUAAUUCAUUUUCUUUUAUAAUUGCUCUGUAUUGAAACAGAGGGUAAAAAGGCCAUAGCCCAUUACCAAAAAUAUACAGAAUCUUUUGACCUAUGAGGUCGUUUACAGUCGUUGUGUGAAUUGAUUAGACUGUCAGGUGGUGAAAGACAGGAAUCUGUCUCCAGGUGAAUGUAACCUACUUCUUAGGACUUUCCCAGAGGAUGUGUUCCCCAGGCGGGCAGAGUACCACUGAUCUCUCAUCCAGAGAUGCUGGCCUCUGCAUGAUUCUCAGGUCUCUGUGUGUCCCUCCCAUUUAAUAGAAAAGUGUAAGAGAAUUUCUGAAAGAACAUCACUCCUGCUUAUGGGAGCAGUUCAGCAGUCGUAUGGAAGAAGGAAAAAUACACGAGUCUUGGCAGCCAUGGUAUUCUUUAAUCCAAAUGAAUUGGGAAUAUAUUUGAAUGCUGAUAUAUUGUAAAACUACCAUGCUACCAUAGAGUGACUGAAUUACCACUCCAAAUAAAGUGAAGGCUUUGUUAUACUACUGUAGAGUGUAUGUGUGCAAUAAGUUUAUGAGUUCAUUUUCCUGGUGUAUAGAGGAGCCAACACGAGCAGCUUGGUAAUCAUUGGGUGCUACUAUAAUUGCUUGUAGUGAAUGCUGUUUUUCAGGAGAUGGAGCCAGUUAGUUAGGUUUGGCUGAUCUACUGAAUAAUAAAUGAUGCUCUUCUUUUCAUAUAGACCUUCAGCAAAAGCAGGUACUUGGAAGCCAUGGGCUCACCUCUAUCUACUCAAUAAUCAUUAAUGAAGAGACCUCCAUAAGGGAGCACUUGGCUGUUAUUGAUAAAUGUAUCAAUUAUUAAAUAGUCUCCAAGCCAUUCAGUGAUGUCUGCAGCAUCACUAUAGAACUGUGUUGUGUUACUUUUUUACUUCCCUCUGAGUGGGUCUUUUCAGACUCCCCCAAUCACAGAGGCAAGUUAAUCUUUCUCUCCAGUUAGUGACUUUGCCCCGUAGCUGGAUAAGCACUUCCUAGGUUGACAAAAGCAGCUACCGUAAGUCCUGCUCUGUUUCCUUCAUUUGGUGAUCAUUCAAUCACACAUAAGCUCCUCGUAUUCCAAAUUCCAUGCACUACUCCCAGAUGCUGUAGGGUUCUCUCUCACUGUUGCCAAUGGAUGUCAUCCAAACAGUGAGUUCAUAUCUUGCGGUUUUGUGCAAUCAUUGUCGUAUUGUAGUUAUCCUAAGACUCAUUAUAGUGUAUUUUUGAUAUUUUUGAAAUGUGUUAAAUUUUUUAAUUCAAUAAUAUGAGCCAGAGCAUGUUGCAGCAAAUCUAUUGUUUGUAAAAAAUGACAAUAAUAAUAAAUAAAAUAAAAUGGAAUCUUUUUCAUGGCUUUGUUUUAAAGUG